UUCGGGGAGGUUCAGACCGACCAAAGCCGUUUAGACUCGGAGUGGUGGGGGCUGAAGACGACGCCAGCAGGGGGACACUCCUCCGUCUGAGGAAGAACAAAGUCUUGUUAACUUGGCUUCUCUGAGUUUGCUGCUCAGUAACUGAGGAACAUCUGAGGAGAAGCUAACAGAGAUGUGGAGACAGCAGCUCAAACGGUGGCAGAGUGCAGCAGUGGGAGACAUUUCCCAAACUGCUAAAAAAGAGGAAGAAAGAUUUCAGCUGCGCCACAACAUCCUGGAGGCUGGUUUCAACCCCAAAGUUCUGCUGCACAGAUUAGAUGUUAAGCAGAUGCUGAUGGUUAAAGAAAAAGCUGCUGUAAACCACAGAGUUUGUGCUGACCUACAUGACCCAAAGCCCCUCCACAUAAAGAAGGAACAGGAGGAAGUCUGCACCAGUCUGGAGGAAGAGCAGCUUAAUGGGGAGGAGAUUGAUGCCAUCAGCUUUCUAGUCACUGCUACUCCAGUAAAGAGUGUGGAUGAUAAACAGUCCCCUCUGCUGUUACAGCUUCAUCAAGACCAAAUUAGAGGCAGAGAGCUUGAAGAGGAGAACUAUGGAGAAGAAUCCAUCUGGGUACGAGAUCACGAAGAUUGUUGCAUUUCCUCAGAGGCUAAAGUCACUGAGAAGGAAGAAGAGGAUGAUGAAUCUGGACUGAAAACUAAGGACAUGGACAAUGACUGGAAGGAGAGCAGAGAUCCUGAGUUAGAUGGAAACAUUGUUAACAAACCUUUUAGCUCCUCUGACUUUGCUGGACAGCAUGUUCACAGUCACUCUAUUCAGAAACACAUGACAGAUUUAGAAAUAGGUUCUUCAAGCUCUUUGGAUAAUAAAUGUUUUACGGAGAAUAAAAAGGUGGGCUCAAUAAAGAAAGUCCAGGCUGGAGAGAAGUUGAGCUGUACAGAGUGUAGUAAAACAUUUAUUGGAAAAUAUGCUUUAAACACACACAUGAGAGUCCACACAGGAGAGAAACCUUUCUGUUGUGAUAAUUGUGGACAAAGAUUUGCCCAUAAAGCAACUUUAAACACACACAUGAGAAUCCACACGGGACAGAAACCUUUCUGUUGUGAUCUUUGUGGACAAAGAUUUACGAGAAAAGACUAUUUGAACACACACAUGAGAGUCCACACGGGACAGAAACCUUUCUGUUGUGAUUAUUGUGGACAAAGAUUUGCCCAUAAAGCAACUUUAAACACACACAUGAGAAUCCACACGGGACAGAAACCUUUCUGUUGUGAUCUUUGUGGACAAAGAUUUACGAGAAAAGACUAUUUGAACACACACAUGAGAAUCCACACGGGACAGAAACCUUUUUGUUGUGAUUAUUGUGGACAAAGAUUUGCCCAUAAAGCAACUUUAAACACACACAUGAGAGUCCACUCUGGACAGAAACCUUUCUGUUGUGAUCUUUGUGGAAGAAGAUUUUCCCAGAAAAAACAUUUGAACAAGCACACAAGAAUCCACACAGGACAGAAACCUUUCUGUUGUGAUAUUUGUGGGCAAAGAUUUUCUCAGAAAGACCAAUUGAAACCACACACAAGAGUCCACACGGGACAGAAACCUUUCUGUUGUGAUCUUUGUGGACAAAGAUUUGCCCAUAAAGUAAGUUUAAACGCACACAUGAUAAUCCACACUGGACAGAAACCUUUCUAUUGUGAUCUUUGUGGACAAAGAUUCGCCCAUAAAGUAAGUUUAAACGCACACAUGAUAAUCCACACUGGACAGAAACCUUUCUGUUGUGAUCUUUGUGGACAAAGAUUUACCCGAAAAGCAUCUUUAAACAUACACAUGAGAAUCCACACGGGACAGAAACCUUUCUGUUGUGAUCUUUGUGGAAGAAGAUUUUCUCAGAAAGACCAUUUGAAAACGCACACAAGAAUCCACACGGGUCAGAAACCUUUCUGUUGUGAUGUUUGUCGGCAAAGAUUUACCAGAAAAGAUAAUUUGAACAUACACAUGAGAAUCCACAUGGGACAGAAACCUUUCUGUUGUGAUCUUUGUGGACAAAGAUUUACCCGGAAAGCAUCUUUAAACAUACACAUGAGAAUCCACACGGGACAGAAACCUUUGUUGUGAUGUUGGUGGACAAAGGUUUUCAGAAAAGAACAUUUAAAUACACACAGGAGAGUCCACGCUGGAGGUAAUCUAUGAAUUCUGGUGGCUAAUCUAUGAAUAAUAAAACUGCACAGCUGCCGUUUGCUUUGAUAUAUUUGUGCAUUUUCGUUAAAGGCAACAAACUUCAAUCGUUGGUUUCAGGAUUUCUGUAGAGGCUGAUUUUUGUAUUUUAACAGGUUGUUUCUUUUCCACUCGUGUCUUUCCACUGUAUUUAAUCUAUUGUCCACUGUAUUUAAUCUAUUGUCCACUGUAUUUAAUCUAUUGUUCAGAUUGAGCUUUAUCACAGGUGUGUUUUCUGUACAUGUGAACGCUUUGGUUUCUAAUACAGAAUCAGAGGACCUUGGAGUCAUUGAGUCGACCAUGAACUCCUCCAAAUACCAGAGUAUCUUUGAGUCAAGAUAAAGUCAGCUGUAACUUGGACCAAAGUGGGUUAUCAAGAGGACGAUGAUCCCAGACACAGAAGCAAAUAUACAGUAGAUCAGCCAAAAAAAAUCAAUAAAUCAAGUUGCUGCAGUGGCCUAGUUAAAACCCAGACCAAAUUAGAUUGAAAUACUAGGAUCUCACCAGAGCUGUGCAGAAGUACAUUUUUCCAAACCUCAAUGAAAUGAAAUAGAGUAAUGAGGGCCAAGAUAAUUUCUUUGUGUGUGUGUGUGCUUUUAGUCCUCUCAUCCCUGAGUCGGUCACAGCAGAUGGGUAUUCAUGCAGACCUGGGUUCUGUUGAGAGUUUCCUCCUGUUAAAACUGAGUUUUUCCUUCCUGCUCUCUCCACAUGUUUGCUCUGUAUGGAGAAUUUCAUCAAAGUCAAUGCCUUUAUGCAGCUGGCUGAGCUUCCUUAAAAGGAGAACUGUUUACCAAUUGCAAUAAUAUCCUGAAUUUUAUUUGUCUUACAACUAGGUUUGAAUCAUUUUUUAUGUAAUUAAAUUAAGUCUGUGUUUUUGUCACUGCUUUCAAAAAGUGAAAUAUUAUAGCUAUUAUAUCAUGUAAUUUUAAUGUUUGCGGCUUACAGAUAAUGAAAACCCAAAAUUCAGAAAAUCAAGAUUUUAUGUAAGAUCAAUAAAGAACAUCCUAUUAACAGAAA